CGAAAGAGUGGUUGCGAAAUCAAGCGACUGUUCUCGUGGAGGGGGGCGCGGUUCGAUCGAACCGCACUAGUUUCGCCUUGCUCGGAGCCAUUCCCUCUCUAGCAAUGUUCGUCGCGCGCCGCCUCACGCGCGCCACCGCUUCGCGUUUCCAUUGCCGACUGAAGAGCCACUUGGCCGCGCCCGUUGCCGCCGCCUCCGCGACCGCACCCCCCACGCAUGCCAAGACGGACCAGCACAUUGGCCAAAGCGGCGCCAAGAUCUUUCACAAUCUCAUGGCCGAACUCGGCGUCAACACGAUCUUUGGCUACCCCGGCGGCGCGAUCCUGCCCGUGUUUGACGAGAUCUUUGAAUCGCCGCACUUCAAGUUUGUCUUGUGUCGCCAUGAACAAGGCGCCGGCCACAUGGCGCAGGGGUAUGCGCGGGCAACCGGCAAGCCCGGUGUCGUGCUGGUCACGUCGGGUCCCGGCGCCACCAACACUGUCACGCCGCUCCAGGUCCGCUUGCAUCCGUGGAUCGUCCUCCUUGCAUGAUCGCCUUACGUGGUGCACACAGGACGCUCUCAUGGAUGGCACACCGAUCAUAGUGUUCUCCGGCCAGGUCGCAACCCCCGUCUUGGGUACGGACGCGUUCCAGGAAGCCGACAUUCUUGGGAUCACACGGCCAUGCACCAAGUGGAACGUACAAGUUCGACACGUGAACGACCUCGCCCGGAACAUCCGGGAAGCAUUCCACAUCGCCACGACUGGCCGUCCUGGUCCCGUGCUCGUGGAUCUGCCCAAGGACAUCACCGCUGGCGUGUGCCAAACGUCGGUGUCGACGACGCCGCAAUUGAUCGGGUACUACGGCGAAGACAAAGUCCAUGGGAACCGAGUCGAUCAAGCGGCGAAUUUGGCCGAAGCCGCACGACUCAUCAACGUGUCCAAGAAGCCUGUGAUUUACGCAGGUCAAGGCACCCAGCACUGCAGCGAACAGCUCCGCGAACUUGCUAUCACGAUGAACUUGCCCGUGACCACGUCGUUCCAGGGCAUGGGCGCAUUCGACGAAACCCACCCACUGAGCCUUCACAUGCUCGGGAUGCACGGGUCGGCCUAUGCCAACUACGCCAUCCAGGACGCGGACUGCGUGAUUGCGAUCGGCGCCCGCUUUGACGAUCGAGUGACGGGCCGUGUCCGCGACUUUGCGCCGGAAGCGCGCCGCGCCGGCCGUCUUGGCCAAGGCGGGAUCAUCCACUUUGAUAUUUCAGGGAAACAAGUGGGCAAGAUCGUCCCGACCAACGUGGGGGUUGUCGGAGAUGCCGCGUACAAUCUGGCGCAGUUGCUGCCGCAGUUGGAAGCCAAGGCGCGCCCUGAAUGGCACGCCCAACUGAACGCAUGGAAGAAGCAGCAUCCAUUCCGCUACCGCAACCACACGGGAUCAAACCGCGCGCUCAAGCCACAGCGCGUCAUUGAAGAGCUCUACACGCAGACCAAGCACCGUGACGACGUGAUCAUUUCGACCGGUGUCGGGCAGCAUCAAAUGUGGGCGGCGCAGUUUUACCGUUGGCGGCAACCGCGGUCGCUCGUGUCGUCGGGUGGGCUGGGUACAAUGGGCUUUGGCUUGCCGGCGGCCAUAGGAGCCAAAGUCGCCAAGCCGAAUGCGAUGGUCGUGGACAUUGACGGCGACGCGAGCUUCUCCAUGACGCUGAUGGAACUGGCGACGGCAGCGGAAUUCAAUGUGGGCGUGAAGGUCCUCUUGCUCAACAAUCACGCCCAAGGCAUGGUCAAGCAGUGGCAGGAUCUGUUUUACGAAGAGCGGUACUCGGCCACGAUCAUGAAGAACCCCGACUUUGUCAAGCUCGCCGAAGCGAUGAACUGCCAAGGCUUGCGGUGCUCGUCCCAGGACGACCUGGCCGAGAAAAUGGCCGCGUUUCUCGCCGCGGACGGCCCGAUCGUCGGCGAGUUUAUCGUGGAUGGCGACGAACACUGCUACCCCAUGGUCGGCGCCGGCCGCGCGCUCGAUGAAAUGAUCUUUGGCGACUUCGACGACUGCCCGCCCACCACGUCGACCUAGGCUAUUUAAUCAAUAUUGCCCCCCCCCCCUUUGAAAGCGCUCCAGCGUGGAU